UGUCCGUCGGCUCGAGCGGUUCGCUUCGGUCCCGGCCCCGCUGAUUCGGAUUCUCGGCUGCGAUUCUCAGUUCUCAGUUCUCAAUUCUCCGGUUCUCCCCUCUCUCCGCUGCGAGAUUCUCCUCUUUGGAUUCUCCGAUUCGGAUCGUUUUGGCGUUGCAGUUUUGCAGUUGCAGCGCUGCCUGCGUCGCUGCCUGCGCUCUUGCGUAUUAGUAACGUCGUCGUCUAUCAGUGUUUUUGUUGUUUGUUUGUUGUUGACGCUGGUCGCGGUGUGCGAAUUUUUUAUUUAUUUUCCACACACACACACUAGCACACACCUUCCCUAUGCUUCCUCUUCCCCGCCUAACAACAAGAACUAGAGAAAAACCUUUUACGUGCGUUUUUCUUAUGACACAAAAUUUUUUAGUUGACAUGCCAGGCCACUAAAAACCUAAAAAAAAAAAGCUGAAAAUGCAAAAGUGCUGUGACAACCAUAAAUAAAAGUUAUACUAAAAAAGUUAAUAUACAAAAACAAAAAAACGCCAAAUACCCAUAAACAAAGUCAAAGUUUUUAUAGAACUACUAAUAAAAAUCAACGCAAAUUUUUAAAAUAUUUACCUAGAUGAGUUUGUAAAUAUUGCGACAGUUUGGCCAGAAAAGUACAGUUGCGAUUUAACAAUAUCGCCAAGAUAUCUUUUCUUAAAAAAAAAGGAAAACUAUGGCCGAUUGUUCGUUUGUCAGAUGUCUGCAAGAGCGUCGGCUCAUUAAAAGGGAGCUAUUGAAAUGGUCCAAGGAUAUGCUGCACAUUGUGGGCCUAGAACGCGUUGCUGAAGAAUUUAUGGGUCGCAGGCAAUGGAAACAUUAUCAAGAGCAACUGACGCGCAGCCACUUGAAUAUCGAGGAGCAACAGCCCAUAGCAAUAGCCGGUUCCGAGGACGAGCCACCGCAAUACAAGCCCAGCAGCAAGGAGCCCAACCACUGUGAAACAGAGAACCACCGUCUAGAGCAGCACCACAACGGCAGCCAGCUGCUGGAAGAAGAUUUUGAGAACAACCAAACAUCACACGAUUCAUCACGUACACCAACACCGGGAGCCACCAGUACACCAUCACCACCGCCAGAACCCAUCGAUUGGAGACCGUCGGCCAAGUGCAAUUUCUGUGUUAACGGUCGCCUGCUAACGGUUAACGCCCAGGGAGAUUUGGUGGCCGAAACAGCAGCAACAGCCACUAGUAGCAGCACUAGUAAUAGCCACAUUCAUCAGCACGACAGUGACAGCGACUCGAGCACAUCACUGCCCCACCAGAGCAGCAGCUACAACAACAUUGGCAGUGGCAACAGAGCUCGCCACAUUGCUGCUGCAACUGCAACACCAGCAGCAACAUCAUUAGCAACAGCAACUACAGCGGCAACAUCCGCCAAUUCCCUCGAACUGUACAAGCUGCUGACCCAGCGGGCAGCCAAAAUGACAUCGAUGGACUCGAUGGCCGCCCAGCUGGCGCAAUUCUCACUGCUGGCCGACUUCAACCUGAUCAACUCGCUGGCCAGCCAACAGCAGCAGCAGCAGCAGCAACAGCAACAGAUCGCUAGUGCGGUAACGCCAACUACCUCAGAAGUAUCUGCAGCCGCAAUCAGUCCCGCACUCAAAGAUACGCCCAGUCCCAGUGCGGAUGCACCGCUCGAUCUUAGCAGCAAGCCAUCGCCGAACUCAUCGAUUAGCGGCGAUGUGAAGUCCGUCAGAGCCUGUGCCACGCCCACGCCUUCGGGAAGGAGGGCGUACAGCGAGGAGGAUCUGAACCGGGCGCUCCAGGACGUGGUGGCCAACAAGCUGGGUCCCCGGAAGGCGGCCAGUCAGCACCAUGUGCCGCGCUCCAUUCUGGUCAACCGGCUGUACAAGAUGCAGCACGACCUCGACCAGGAUGCGGAUGGGGACGAGCCGGAGGACUCCAACGACGAUGGCGAGGCGGAGGUGGACAGCAAUGCCUCCACUCCGGCGCCCUCAUAUCCGGAUUUUGCCAGGUCGCAGCUGCGCAAGCUGAGCCACCUGUCCGAGCACAAUGGCAGCGAUCUGGGCGAGGAUCUGGACCGGGGAUCGCCGAAGAUGGGACGACAUGCGGGUGGCAGCAGUGCCAGUGCUACACCUGGGGCUCUGCCCUCCAUCCCAUUGGAUGCCAAUGUCCUGCUGCACACCCUCAUGCUCGCGGCUGGCAUAGGAGCCAUGCCCAAGUUAGAUGAAACGCAGACGGUGGGCGAUCUGAUCAAGGGUCUGCUGGUGGCCAACAGUGGGGGCAUGAUGAACGAGGGACUGCUUAAUCUGCUGUCCACCAGUCAGGAGAACAGCAAUGGCAAUGCCUCGUUGCUGCUGCAACAGCAACAGCAUCAGCAGCAGCAACAGCACCAGCAGCAGCAGCAACAUGUCGCCGCCUAUCGACAUCGCCUGCCCAAAUCGGAGACUCCGGAGACGAACUCCUCGCUGGAUGCCAACGAUGCCAGCGAGGAUCCCAUACUGAAGAUUCCGUCCUUCAAGGUCAGCGGUCCGACCAGCAGCAGCAGCCUGUCGCCGGGUCACCACCCACACCACCAUCCGCUGAACAACAACAACAGCCUCGGCGUGAGCAACAACAGCAAUCACAGCAGCAGCAACAGCCACCGGAACGGCAGCAAUCGCAGUCCACAUUCCGCAUCGCCCAUGCUGGCCGCCGCCGUGGCCCAAGGUGGUGGCUACCCCGGCUCGAAUAGCUUGCUGGCCUCCUCCUCGUCCAGCAUCCAGAAGAUGAUGGCCAGCAAUAUCCAGCGGCAGAUCAACGAGCAGAGUGGUCAGGAUGGCCUGCGGAAUGGCAAUGUCAGCGAUUGCAGCAGCAACAAUGGUGGCGGUGGCUCCUCCUCCUCGCUGGGCUACAAGAAGCCGAGCAUUUCGGUGGCCAAGAUCAUUGGCGGCACGGACACCUCGCGCUUUGGGGCUUCGCCCAAUCUCCUGUCACAGGGUCACCAUCAGGGUCACCACCUGAGCCACCACCAGCAGCAGCAGCAGCAACAGCUGAGCGCCCAGGAGGCAGCUGCUCUGGCGGCGGGCAAGGGAACGCGGCCCAAGAGGGGCAAGUACCGGAACUAUGAUCGCGAUAGCCUGGUGGAGGCGGUCAAGGCGGUACAAAGGGGUGAGAUGUCGGUUCAUCGGGCGGGCAGUUACUAUGGAGUGCCGCACUCUACGCUGGAGUACAAGGUCAAGGAGCGUCACCUGAUGCGACCACGCAAGCGGGAGCCCAAACCCCAGCCGGAUUUGGUGGGCCUAACAGGACCUGCCAACAAGUUGCAGCUGGACAAACUCAAGGCGGGACCCCAUGGGGGCUCCAAGCUGAGCAACGCCCUCAAGAACCAAAACAACCAGGCGGCAGCAGCGGCGGCGGCGGCAGCAGCAGCAGCGGCCGCUGCCACGCCCAACGGCCUCAAGUUGCCCCUUUUCGAGGCCGGUCCCCAGCAGCUGUCCUUCCAGCCGAACAUGUUCUGGCCCCAGCCGAAUACGCCGAAUGCCUACCGCCUGGACUUCAAUCGCAUCACGGAGGCGAUGCGGAAUCCCCAGGGCUCCAGUCAGCAUGGCCUGAUGAACAGCGCCCAGGAGAUGGAGAACAUGUACGAUGGGAUCAUCCGGAAGACCCUGCAGUCCAGCGAGGGCAAUGGCAGUGCGGCGGGCAACGGGAGCAGCAAUGGCAAUGGACAUGGACAUGGUCAUGGCCAUGGUCACGCCCUGCUCGAUCAGUUGCUGGUGAAGAAGACACCGCUGCCGUUCACCAAUCAUCGGAACAAUGACUAUGCCGCCACCUGCUCGAGUGCCAGCGGUGAGAGUGUGAAGCGGUCGGGCAGUCCCAUGGGCAACUAUGCGGAUAUCAAGCGGGAACGGCUGAGCGCCGACAGCGGCGGGAGCAGCGAUGAGGAGCACUCCCCCAGCCACAUCCUCCACAGCAGCAGCAACAACAACAACAACAGCGAUCUGGCGCACAACAAGAACAAGAGUGGCCUUGGUGGUGGUCAGGCCAAUGGGAAUGGUCGGAGCAGCCGGAUGACGUCGCGGGAUGACUCGGAAACGGAUGCCAGCAGUCUGAAGAGCGGCGAAAGUGGCGGCGGCCAUCAAAACCACAAAAUCAUGGAUCUCAAUGGGAGCAGGAGCAGCAGCAGUCACAUCAAGUGCGAAUCGGAGGCGAUGAGCGGAGCGGGCCACCACAGUCCACAGUCCUCCUCCUCCGCCUGCGCCACCGCCACCGCCACCGCCUCCAUUCUCCACGAGAAGCUGGCCCAGAUCAAGGCCGAGCAGUUGGAGGUUAACCAGGCGGAGCAGUUAUAGGAGCAGCCGAUGGCCACGAAUCCAGCGUUCGCCUGGCCACCGCUGGCCGCCCACUACUACAGCUUCUAAAGAGAUGCGAGGAAGGCUGGGAUGCGGGGGAAACCACCAAAUUAAGCCACGUUUUUUGAUAGUACCCUACAAAACACUAUAUAGAAAUAUAUCUACAUAUAUCUAGAUCUAUGCCAGCGAUGUGGUAAAUGUGCGCUAGCCCUUAGUUAAAUGUAUAAUCAACUGCAUAGGAGAAGGAAACAAACAACAACAUAAAAAAAACAGAACCGAACAGCAAGCAAGCAAGCAAACAAACAUACAUUUAUGCCCCGGAGUGUACAAUGUAUAUUUUUGUUUCGUUUUGACAAUCGACAAAUAGGCAUUCUCUUGUACAAACUUUCUUAAAAGCAAACAAAACAAAACAAAACAAAAAACAAAACAAAUCUAAAACCUUAAGACCAAAAAAACAAAAAAAAAGAAGAGGAAUACUGAGCAAAACCAAGAACCAUUUUCAUUUUGCAUUUUGUUUUCGAACCGCAUUUUUGUGUUGAGUGUAUCUUUUUUAUUGAACAGAACCAGCAGUCCAAUGGGAAAAUACAUAGGUAAAGCAGAAAUAUAUAGCCAACAGCAAAUCAGCAAAGCAGUUACAAGCCAACAACUUAAUCGACGUCUGUCUGGAUAGGUUUUUGGCCCCUGAGCUGGGACUUUCAAACAUUCCAUAAGAUACUCUCAUACUCUUAUGUUCCACAUAUACACUUUUUCUCCAGUUUACACAGUUCUUUAUACAAAUUUCAAAUGCCAGUCAAAUCUUCAGCUCACAUAGGGCCAAAAUCCCAGGCAGGCGUCUUCGACAUAGACAAAAUGAGUAUAGCCAACAGCAACAACAACUACAAUAACUACAAACUACAACAAAGACCAUAACAACUACAACAAGCAACAACAUCAAUAUCCGAUCAAUAACAACCAACAAACAAGCAAUAAUAAUACAAGACUCUACAAUACAAAGAAUAAAAACAGACACCAAAACAUUGAAAUAGCAAAAUUCAAAAGUGAAAACCGAAAAACAAAAAACAAAAAACGAAGACCAAAACAAAAUUAUCCACAAAAAUUCAACAUUUUUUAUGAUUUCAAAAGAUGAAAAUACAAACGGAAAUCAAUAAACAAAGCUGCCUUCACAUUUACAAAUUAAAUAAAUUAGUAAGCAAAGCGAGACAGAGCACACAAAAUAAUAAUUCAAAUUAAACGCAAAACGCAGAGUAAAAAAUAAGAAAAAAUUCAAAAAUAAGAGCCCCAAAAAUAAUCUUUUAUUUAGCCAAUACAGAAAUUAAAAAAAUACCAAAUUGAAUAUCCCAAAACAUUUUCCAAUCACAUACACAUUUAAUUUUCUUCAAACCAAAGCCACACAUAUUGAACUAAAUUAAGCAAAAUUAAAAUGUUUCGGUGUUAAAAAAAAUAUAAAGAAAAUUGAAAAAAAAAAAUUAUCUGUGUUUAGGCUUUAAAAAACGGAAAUUUAUAUCGAAAAUUUCAAGAUUUUGGCUUAAAAGUAUAAAAAUAAUUGUGAGAACACACAUUUCAUGUACAGUCGCCUAACCACCAAAAGUAAAAAGCAUAAAUAUAUAAAGACUUUAUAUUACUAUAUACUAUAUGAUAUAUAUUUGUAUAUUUAUGUAUGUGUGUGUCUUCAUCACUACGCGUAUACCUCAAACCAAACACAUGAUCAUUUUGAGCAACUAAAUAUAUUUAAAUGUACUUAUACACUCUACACACUCUUUUACAGGAGAGCAAAACAUAUUUACACAGUUAAACCCCCCUAAACUUUGGCCCUCCUUUCGACGUAUCUAUAUUUCGUUUGACUUUGAAAUUCUAUCUAUGGGUAAACAACUAACUAAAUGUCUGCGUAAAUGAAAAUAGAUGAAAAAAUAUAUAAAUGUACCUAAAAACAUGUUUUGUGUGCUAGCUAGUAAGUGUCAAAAGAAAAAACCAUACAAAAACGAUAUACAAUAUAUUUAAAAGGAGACAAGAUGUGGAAAAAUUGUCGGUAAUAUUUGAAAAUAUUUAGUGAAUUAUAAUACAAGAAAAAAAUUAAGGAUAUGGCAAGGAAAGUUGUGGAAAAUUGUAAGCGAAAAUGCGUUUAAGAAUUACCAUUGAAAUCAUUUAAAAGCAUUUAAAGUAAUUAUAAUUUCCACGAUGCGAAUGGAUAAAAAAAGUAUUUAUUGGCUAAUCUCCCAAAUUACAUUUGAUGUGCAUAAAUGUUGUGGUUUAGUAUCAAAAAGAAACGGAAAACAAAAUUAAAAGUUAAGGCUUAAAAAUGUAAAAUCAAAAUUAACUAAAUUAUGUAUUUGGUAUAAUAGAGAAGAGUUCUGCAAACCAAGAGGAAUUAAAAAAUGUUUAUUAUAUGAAAAAUGAAGAGGAAAAGUGAAAAGUAAGCGAAAGUAGGUAAAGAAUGAAUGGAAAUAAAUCAAAAAGUAUUUAUUGCUAAUUUAAUUAUAUUUGAAGUAUACAUACAUAUUUAUUAUAUACAUACAUAUAUAUUAGACACACUAUCUGUGAUUAAUAAUCCAAAAUUUUGAAGAGCAUUUUCUGAAAUAAUGUUGGCUAGGCAUAUGCAAAAAGACAAAACCAAUGGAUAAAGAAAACACACACCCAUGUAAACAAAUUGUAGACAGAUCGGAUAAAACCAAACUAAACCAAGCACAAGCUAAAGGUCAAAUGCAGUUGACCCCAGAAAUCGGAAGCUGCAUUUGGCCAAAAGGAUUUCUUAAGCUACGGCACACAUCACUAAAAACAGCAACUGAAUACUGAAAAUAAAUGAUUAAAAAUAGAAAACAGCAGAAGAUGGUACUGUUCAGAACAUAUAUAGUUGUAUAUAUUUUGGAAUAAUGUUUACCAGUUCAAGUCAAAAUUAAAAAAGAAAACAUAACGCAAAGUCUUUUAUAAUGCAAAAUUAUACAAAAGAAAAUUAUAAAUAAAAUUCAGCAACAUUUAAAAAUUAAAAAUAAAAAAAUAUUGAUGUAAAAAGAAAGAAAAUCAAACUUAAAAUAAUAAACAAGAUAAAGUGCAAUUAUACGGUUUAAAUAAGCAAAUUUAAGAAACAAAUGUUAUAAAAAAAAGCAUGUUAAAACAAUGAAAACAUAUUUCGAAGCAAGUUUAGCUACAAAUUCCAAGGCAACUGAUAAUGACAAGAAACCUUUACAAGAUAAACCAAAAAAACAUUCACACAAAAACAGACAGCAAAGUCCCUAAGGUACAGUGCGUUUCAUGACCAAAAGACAUAAAAUGGAAUUCUUACAAAGCUUGAUUUGUUGGCUUUGAUUGUGGUAAAAGGAAACUGAAACGCACUGCUCCUAUGGACAUAUAGCCCCAAUAUCUGGAAACAGAAUUGAGGGCCAGGGAUAAAACCUUUACGAAAGAUCAUAACUGCAGAAACCAAGUCGAGAGUCGAAAUGUCAACCUAGUGGUAGGUCUAAACACAAAAACAAAACAAAACAAACCAAUCGAGUGUAUUUGAGUAACAGCUUGAGAAUGUUGAAUUGUAUAGAAUUUUUGCAUGUUCACCUGGUCGAAAGGGGCGUGGUUACGCCCCCAUUCUUAACCCUAGGUGGACAGGCGAAAACGCUCAGGUACGUGUUUUAUUUUUCGGAGAGAAACAAGAUUGAUUACCCAUACAUUACUUAUUCUUUGUUUUACUACAACAUAAUAGUUAAUAUUUGUAUAAAAACGAUAAAAACGUGAAAGGAAAAGAAAAGCUAAAAAUUGAUAUAUUCAUAAUAUAAUUGUUUAAAAUGGUUUGAGAGCGAGGAAUAAGAAGAUGAGAGAGUUUCUAGCGUGCUUAAUGAAAUUGCUCAUAUUUGUGUAUAAAAUCUAAUUUGUUCAAUGCGAAUCAAAAUUUGCUGAAUAUAAGUGCAUAUAUAUAAUUAGAGUUUAUUUUCGAGUUUAGUUUAGCGCAUAAAAUGAUUACGAUUACAAUUAUUAUUAUUAUUAAUUAUGAUCUAACCGUAGGCAAAUCAAAAUUUCUUCACAUAAAACAAUCAACUUCUAUUUUCAAAUAUUAUAUAUAGAAUUAACUAUAAUUAUUAUUCAUUAUUAUAUCGACUAAAAAUAUUUAGCGCGUUGUUAGCCUCGAUUUAUGGUUUGUACAUAUUAGACAACAUUUUAAUGGUAUUCUCCUCUUUUUUUAUUAUUACUAGAAUUAUUACUCCCUAUUUUUAUUGACUUCUUAAAUGGGCAACAUCAUUUGAACUAUAGUGCAAUUGUUUCAAACAAAACCAAGCAACCAACAACAAAUAUAUUAACAUUAAAGAUUAAUAUAAUUUACAAGCUUUCUUUGCCGAUGCCAAGAAGGAUGAAUACAGCAUAUGUUUGCCGUAUGGAUCGAAAAUCAAAAAUCAUUUUAAGUGCACAUAACUCUUCUAAAUAGCAGUUAGACUACGCCUAGGUUCUCCAUUAUUAUGCGCACGCUUCAGUCCAAAAAUUGAAAUUCUUCACAUUCUCAUUGUUCAGAACGAGACAUCACAAGCCAGAAAAAUAAAAGAACUCAAAACUUUUCUCCUAAGUUCAACUUGAGCGACCGCAACAACUUAAGAUCAGCAAAGAUCACAAGCGAAAAAUGCUAAGAAACAAUAGCCCAGCACAGACAACAAACAACAACCAACAACAAUAGCCCGAAAAUAAUUGAAACAAAAAUUGAAUAAAAAAGAAAUGAAAAAAAAACAGUAAUUAAUUAACAAAAUUAAUUAAAAUACAAAAUGGAUAAUAGAUGUAUCCAGAGCUCAGAUAAAAUCCAAGCAACUACAAACAACAGCCUAAAGUCGAUUGUACUUUUCUUUUUUCUAUCCACAAAUACAACCAACAAACAACAGCAGCAACCACAAUUUUAUUAAACAAUAGUACUACUCUUACUACAGAACUUAAAUAGCCACAAGUAAAUAGAAAUAGCCACAGCAAUUAACUUUAAACAAGAUGCCCAAACACACAGAUACACACAGAACCGUUUCUUCAAAACAGAUUUGUAUUCAUAGCCACAUAACCGAUACAAUAGCCACUUAAUUAGGAUCGAUCAUAGCCAAGCAAUAGAAUCAGAUACAAACUCAGAAUCGGAACUCAGAAUAGGAAAUCGAAAAUCGAAAACCGAAAACCGGAAAUCGGAAAAAGAAGCAGCACCAAAUCGAACUGCAAAGGCAAAACCAUUAUAUCAAUAAUAGAAAAAACAAAACAAACAUAAUGAAUUAAAAAAACAAAACCAAUUUUUAUUUCAAUUAUUAACUUUUAAACACAACAACAACAACAGCUCCACACAGUUACAGUUACAACAACAACAAUAGCCCUAGAAAAAUAAUAUUCAUAAUUAAUCAAUCAAUCAAUCCGUAAAACCAACAACUUCAAUAGUUAUAAGCAAUUGGCAUUAAAAAAGCAAGAAACAACCACAGAAAACUUAAAUCUUAGCCAGGCAAAAGUUUUGAGAAUAUUUUUCAUUAUUUUUACAACAAACAAACAAACUGAUGUAAGUACAAUUCAUAAAAUUAGACUUUUGGUAAACUACAAUACAGAAAAUAGAGCAAAAAACCCUUUUUUGCAUUUACAUAAUUAUUGCAAAAUUUAAAAUGAACGAUUUUUUUUAGUGCAAAACAAAAGCCAAUAAGCAAAUAAAAAAAAUUCGCAUUAUUAUUAGCAAUAGCCCAUAAGUACAGCAAGUGUAUUUAGCAUUACAGCUAAGACACAAAAAGCAGAGAUUUUUAACAAAAAACAGAAAAGGGAAGAAAAAACUUAAAACUGCAGCAAAAAUGUGAAAUUUAUUUUGUUCUGCGUUGAAAAAGAAAUCCAAAAUAAAUAUGUUUAUUUUAUAAGUAAUUUAUAAACAUAAUGAAAUUUCGCUUAAUUUGAUUUACACAAAAGUAAAUGUAAUAAACAUAUUGUAAACCUUAAAUUAAUAUUUACAACAGCAAAGGCAAAAAUUCUGUUUAGUAAGGCGUGCAUAAUUGUUAUUAUAUUACACAGACACACAUAACUAAGUUUAAGUUUAUAAUUUUCGUUAUCCUUAUUAUUUACUUAUUAUGUUUUAAACGCAAAAAAACCAGAUAUAUACAAUAUAUUUACGAAUUAAACGUUUAUUAAUAAAAUGAAAAAUAUUUUAGUUAAACCAUUUGUUUAUUGUUUCCAUUUAUUAUCACCACAGGAGGCUUUCCGUUCACAUAUUGCAGAAGAUAAGAAAAACAUAUGAAUAUUAAAUUAAGCACAGUCUAACAAUUGCAACAAGAUACUUAAUACCAUUAUACGCAAUAGUUAUAAUUGACAGAUGACAGAAAUAUUAAUAAACUGAACAAUAGCCCAAAGUAAAUAUUGGCCGUGAUAGGAGCCGAAAAAAAA